UAUGCUAACACAAAGAUUGGUAAGAAACUGAAACAACAUGGAUCAAAGAAUGUUGAAUGCAGCGUGUUCAGGAGAUGUAAACAUGUUACACCAAUUACUCCAUGAAAAUCCCUUCAUUCUCUCUGAUUAUCUUUUCAUGAACUCCCAUGAAAAUCCUCUCACCAUAGCCACAAAGGCCAAUCAGCUAGUGUUUGUGCGUGAAGUCCUAAGGCUCAGGCCUGAACUCGCCGUUGAACACAACCAAGAUGGAUUCCGGCCUCUUGACGUAGCAGCAGCAUACGGCCAUGUGGAGAUUGCGGCAGAGAUCUUGGCAGCCCGGCCGGAGAUUUGUCGGCUGGCUGGUAGAGAUGGAAGAACAGCUAUUCAUUAUGCUGCUACCAAUGGAAGAGUUGAAAUUAUUGAUCAGCUGAUGGCAGCCUGCUCAGAUUCGGCUAAAGAUGUGACAAGUUUUGGAGAGACUGCACUUCAUCUGGCUGUCAAGAGCUUCAAGUUUGAAUCACUUAAAAGUAUGCUUCAUGGGCUUGAAAAAGUUGGUAUGGUGGAGAUGGUGAACUGGGCUGAUAAGGAGGGGAACACUGUGUUUCACUAUGCAGCAUCAAGAAAGCAACUUGAGAUUGUGGAGCUGCUUCUUGACUGGAAUAACAACACAGCAGGAAACAGGUUAGACCUGAAUGCUGUGAACAAAAAAGGCCUGACAGCAGUUGACAUAGUAGAUAUCUUGGCCGAAUCCUCAAACGACUUUCACCUCAGGGAGAUCUUGCGUCGUGCUGGAGGAUAUGCAUCUUCUGAAUUUAACAUUGUUCCUGAGAGGCCUAAAUCCGACACUGAAAGGCCCACGAACAAUCAUCUCCCUGGAGAAAAACCGAAGAACUGGCGAGACAUCAUCAAACAUUUUGAAUUUCAAUGGCAAAGAGACUCCCCGGGAGAGGCACGGUCGGCGCUACUGGUUGUAACAACCCUUAUAGCAACAGUGACUUUUGAAGCCGGGAUCAACCCUCCAAGCUACUUGUUUGAGCCCUCCAACGAAGCGAUUAUCACUGUUUCCAGCAAUGGAACAGCGCUCUUGAACCCAAAUAUCAGUUCAAAUGGGACAGAACUGAUGCAGAGAAGUAGUGCUGAGAUGGCAAGUAUGGCUUCGAUCAUCAUCUUCUUGGUUGCCAAUUCAGUCGCUCUUACAUCAGCAACAAGCAUCAUAGAUUAUCUGACACAAGGUUUGCCUUUCCAGAGGGAGCUUCGCGUGGCGAUGUCCGCCAUGAUUUUUGCUUACGGAUGGUCGUUAGGAAACACAAAACCAACCGGAACAUUAAAGGAUGUUCUGCUCAUCGUUGCACUUAGUGUGCCUUUGUUUCUGAGGGUGCUACCAAACAUGAUAUCGAAACUUAAAAAGUUCAACUCCCACGGUUUCAAGACCGGGAAGAUGAUAUAUGCAAUCAAAAUGCAGCACUUUUACGUAUUGUCUUGAUAUCAAGCUCCUUGGGUCUGUCCACCAUUAUACUUCAGAGAAGCCAACCAAACAAAACUUAGUACUCAAACUGCAUUGUCCAAGAAACAGGCAUCCUUGGACUAAUCUAAUUGUGCCGAAAGACAAUCGUCAGAAGUGUAGACAAAAGAGCGAGAAAACAACAACUAGACCUGGUCCCUUCUUCUGUUUUCCAUGUAUUUUAGCUCAGUCAACUGAAGACUUGCAAUAGAAAUAUCCUCAUGGUCCCAACUCCUAGCAGACCUUCAUUGACUGCACACUUUGUAAAAUUUGAAGAUUAUGAGGACUCUGCUUCCCACACACCACAAA